GUCGGCAGAACUUUUGUGUCUCAGGUGGGAGUCCAAAGUGCAAACUAGUACUGUUAAAUGAUUUCAAGAUUGUGGAGUCAGCGUAACUUGACGAUUUUGAUGAAGAUUCCAGUCCAACCACCCGCUGAGCCUGGUAUAUAUAUCGCUGCCAAUCCAUACAGUGACGAAAAUUUGCCCCGGCAGUCGACAAGCUCACGAUCCUACCACCAGCUUUUCAAAAUGGCUCUGAUAGGGCUACUUUCUGUAACCAUUGUCGUCUGUAGCUUGUUACACAAUGGCGUAUCAUCAGCGGUGGAAGAGAAAAAUGAAGAGGAAUCCUGUUCUCGACAGCUGAACCAGAACAUCACGGUUGUGGCCGCGCCUGGGCCCGCCGGACCGAAAGGUCCCGCCGGUAUGCCAGGGGAGGCAGGUGUGAGAGGCGCGCCAGGUAAGCUGGGCCCGGUCGGACCGAGGGGGGAGCGGGGACACAAGGGUGAGCAGGGACCGGCCGGUGAGAAAGGAGCACCCGGGACCAGCCCACCUGCCCCGCCUGUCGUAGCAUUUUCCGUGGCGCGAACGGGUACCCUUAACCAGCCGUCGUCCAACAUGGUACUGACGUAUGACGUCAUCCUUAGCAACGAGGGCGCGGCGUACAACGUGGGGACGGGCAAGUUUGUGGCGACGGUCGGAGGCGUCUACUUCUUCACGUUUACUGGGAUGACACUAUACAGCUCCUCCAGCAGUGCUGCCCGUAUGUACUAUCUCCGCCUGAUGAAGAAUGGGGAGAUGAUGGUCAGCCUACACGAGCACAACGGGGGGCAAAACCAGUACCAGUCCAGCAGUAACAGCGCCAUCCUGCACCUACUUCCCCGGGACGAGGUUUGGGUGCAGCUGAACAGCGGCCGCGCUCUGUACAGCGACAGCGACAGAUACCUGACGUUUUCCGGGUUUCUCAUUCACGCGGACUGA